CCAUCUGUUCAUUCACCAGGCGCCAGGCUGAUCGCUAGCCGGCCAGCUAGCACUAGCAGUGCAGCUCAGCAGGCCACAACGGCCGCCGGUGCGUCUUCAGCUUCCAGCCAUGGCGUUAGUCACCCUGCAGCGGUCCCCGACCCCCAGCGCCGCGUCCACCGCCAGCAACGCGACCACCACCGCGGGCGAGGAUUUUGGGAGCGAAGAUGAACGGCGGAUAAAUCAAAGCCUGAGUGAGAGCUUCUUUAUGGUGAAGGGCGCUGCGCUCUUCCUACAGCAAGGGAGCUCUCAGCAGGGCCAGAAAGUGCAUCCUCAUCAUAAACAUGCAGGGGACUUACCUCAACACCUACAGGUGAUGAUAAAUAUUCUUCGCUCAGAGGACCGAAUCAAACUGGCCGUGCGGCUGGAGAGUGCAUGGUUAGAUCGUGUCCGAUACAUGGUGGUUGUGUACACCAGUGGACGGCAGGACACAGAGGAGAACAUCCUGCUGGGAAUCGACUUUACUAACAAAGACUGCAAAAGCUGCUCGAUUGGCAUGGUGUUGCCUCUAUGGAGUGACAGUAAAAUCCAUCUGGAUGGAGAUGGGGGCUUUACUGUGAACACGGCAGGGCGGACUCAUGUCUUCAAGCCUGUGUCAGUGCAGGCGAUGUGGUCAGCUCUUCAGGUGCUCCACAAAGCCUGCGAGGUGUCCCGCAGAUACAACUAUUUCCCCGGGGGCAUGGCCCUCACUUGGAUGGGUUACUACGAAAGCUGCAUUGCUUCGGAGCAGAGUUGCAUCAAUGAAUGGAAUACCAUGAAGGACUUGGAAUCCACACGUCCAGACUCGCCCACUAUGUUUGUCGACAAGCCUUCAGAGAGAGAGAGGACCGAGUGCCUUAUAAGAGCCAAACUCCGAAGCAUCAUGACAUGCCAGGAUCUUGAGAAUGUCACAUGCAAACAGAUCCGCACUGAGUUGGAGCAGCACAUGAGCUGCAACCUGAAGGAAUUCAAAGAGUUCAUCGACAACGAGAUGCUGUUGAUUUUGGGCCAGAUGGACAAAGCUACACUCAUUUUUGACCACGUCUACCUGGGCUCGGAGUGGAAUGCAUCAAAUUUGGAAGAACUGCAAGAGACAGGAGUGGGAUACAUCCUUAAUGUUACCAGGGAGAUAGACAACUUUUUUCCAGGGACAUUCAGUUAUCACAACAUACGCGUGUAUGACGAAGAGGCCACCGACCUGCUGGCUCACUGGAACGAUACGUACAACUUCAUUGUGAAAGCAAAAAAAAACUACUCCAAGUGUCUCGUUCAUUGCAAGAUGGGCGUCAGCCGAUCUGCCUCCACCGUCAUUGCGUAUGCCAUGAAAGAGUACGGCUGGUCGCUGGAGAAGGCGUACAACUUCGUCAAGGAAAAGAGGAGCAUCACCCGACCGAACCCAAGUUUCAUGAGACAGCUGGCAGAGUACGAGGGCAUCCUUGACGCGAGCAAACAGCGUCACAACAAGCUGUGGCAUCCAGGCGCCGACUGUGAGAUGGCCGAGGGCCAGCAGGUUUUGGCCCAGUACUGCGGCGAGGAAGAAGGAGACCACCUGACGCCAGAGCCGACCAUGUCUCCCUGCUGUGAAGAUAUGCUGCCCGAUAGAGGUGCCGCGUGCCCCUCCCCUUGCCGAAAAGUGGCGCUGGAGAUCGACCCCGCCUACAACAACUAUUAUUUCCGGAGGCUGUCUGACUCUGCGCUGGACAGCGAGCCCUCGACACCGGUACGCGGCCCUCCGCUUCUUGGCAUGGAGAAAGUCUUCAUCGAAAUUGAGGACGUGGAGCGAGACGCUCUCCUGGACGACGAGGCCUUCGAUGGCCGGGAGGGCCUGGGGCUUCCCCAUUUCGGGUCUACGGCGAAGGGCACCGCAGCCCAGACCUGCAAUCGCGGCCCGGAGCCCCUGGAGGAGCUGCGCCUGCGACUGGAGUUUAGCACUGUGGAGGAAGAGGAUGAAGAAGACGUGCAAAAGGAGGAAGCGGACAUGGAGGUGCUGAUGCAGCCAGAUGACGGAGGGGGCGGGGACGGAGGUGGCGGCGCGGAGGAAACGCAGGACGUGGAGGUCGAAGGCGACGCGGACGGCAACGGAAUGGACCUGGCAACUCUGAAUGAAAAUUCCAACAACAACAACUGUUUUACCUCUCACCAGAACUUUAAUGGAAAAGCUGCCCCUCUGGCUGCUGACGUGUCUUUAUUUUCGCAGAGGGAUUGUGAUUCCAAGCGGAAGGACAUUACGACCACCUUUGUUUCAGACCCUUGCCUUAAGCUCAGUCCUCUUGAAGUCCCAAGUGCUCCGUUUCUGCCACCCCAGACCUCUUCUGAAGACCUCCAGUGUUCAACGUUGUCCCUGUCCAACUGUGCCAACAGCGCUUCCUUCGCCUCUCCGGCUCUCCCCGAUUUAGCGCAGCAGCUGCCAGUGGACUCCCUUCACGUUUUAGGGGUGCAGGACUGUGGUGAUAUGUUGCGUGUGAAUAUAGAAUGUGAAAAUCGGCUGUCUGUAACCUCUCCGGAGGCUCUCCCCGAGCUGCUGUCGAUGGAGUUUCAAAGAGGUAGCCCCGCCACGGCUUGCUGCCUAAACCGGCAGGAGACCUUUGUGGAACUGCAGAGGUCAGGUGUGGUGCGCCGCCACGCGGAGAGACUGGAGAGACUUUCAGGUUUGGCCCAAGAGAGAAUGCAUUCCUUGAAGCCUUUGCACGAAUGUCAAGUGUCCAAGAAGAACUUUCAACACAAAGAGGAAGAGAAUGAGUUCCCCGGAUUUAGGGACUUGAUGAAAUCCUCUACACCGUGCCAAGUAAGGUUAGAGCCCCUGGUCGUUCCGCUCACCAACGAAGCCUUGUUGGGGGUGGUGGGGUCGGGGAUGCUCACGCCCACCUCCUCGCCUCACGGCACCACCCUGACACGCAGCUCCAGCAGCGACAGCCUGCGCAGCGUGAGAGGAAAGCCCGGCCUGGUACGUCAGAGGGCGCAGGAGAUUGAGACACGGAUGCGUCUGGCGGGCCUCACCGUGUCGUCCAGGCUCAAGCGGUCCAACUCGCUGGCCAAGUUGGACAGCCUCAAUCUCUCUUCCGAGGACCUGUGCUCCGCCUGCUCUUCGGAUGCAGGAACGCUCCUGCUUCUCUCGCUGUCCCCGGAGCCGGCUCCCGGGAUGGAAUGGGAGUCCCGUGCCGCCCCCGCUCAAUCCCGACCCUGCAAGGACCCGCACAGUCCAGAGAGAGCUCUAGCGGGGCAGCCUAUAAGCUGACACGCACGGUGGUACUCCACGUCCCCCUCAUCAUCACCACGUAGCGCUGUAGUGUUCACAGACAAAAAAAUAUAUCGACAAAGUAUUCACUUAUUUGCCACAUCGUUUGUCAAUCUGCUUUGACGGUGGAAGUCAUAUUGCUGUAUCUGACAAGGAAAGCCAUCGGCUCACCUCUGACUUGGUUGGGAUGAACAAGUGCCUUACGUCUGAGACCAGAGAGGCACAACGUUUGAGGCAGAAGGAUAAGAGGAUAAGAACCUUUAACCCAUACCCCAUCCAUACAUUGAAGAAAAUAAGUAUUUGAACACCCUGCUAUAUUGCAAGUUCACUUAGAAAUCAUGGAGGCCUCUAAAAUUGUGUGAUACAGCUUCAAAUAAGUAUUUGAACACCUGAGAAAACCAAUGUUAAUGCUUGGUACAGUGGCCUUUGUUUGCAAUUACAGAGGUUAAACGUUUCCUGUAGUUGUUCACCAGGUUUGCACACACAGCAGGAGGAGUUUUGGCCAAGUCCUCCACACAGAUCUUCUCUACAUCUGACAGGUUUCUGGGCUGUUGCUGAGAAACAGGGAGUUUCAGCUCCCUCCAAAGAUUUUCCAUUGGGUUUAGGUCUGGAGACUGGCUCGGCCACGCCAGAACCUUGAUAUGCUGCAUACGGAGCCACUCCUUGGUUUUCCUGGCUGUGUGCUUCGGGUCAUCGUCAUGUUGAAAGACCCAGCCACGACCCAUCUUCAAUGCUCUGACUGAGGGAAAGAGGUUUGUUCCCCAAAAUCUCACAAUACAUGGGCGCCGUCAUCCUCUCCUUAAUACAGUGCAGCCGUCCUGUCCCAAGUCCAGAAAAACACCCCCAAAGCAUGAUGCUACCAUUUCCAUGCUUCACAGUAGGGAUGGUGUUCUUGGGAUGGAACUCAAUCAUUUGUCUUCCUCCAAACACGUUUAGUGGAAUUAUGACCGAAAAGUUCCAUUUUGGUCUCAUCUGACCAUAAAACCUUUUCCCAUGACUCCUCAGUAUCAUCCAAAUGGUCAUUGGCAUGGGGCUCUACUCCGAUUGAGAUCGAGGUAAUGUUUAGCAUCAUCCAUUUUCUAAUGACUGCUCCAACAGUGGAACUUUUUUCACCAAGCAGCUUGGCAAUUUCUCCAUAGCCCUUUCCAGCUGUGUGGAGUUGUACAAUUUUGUCCCUGGCGUCUUUGGACAGCUCUUUGGUGUUGGCCGUGUUACAAGUUUGAGUCGUACUCAUUGUAUGGGGUGGACAGGUGUCUUUAUGCAGCUAGUGGCCUUACACAGGUGCAUCUGAUUCAGGAUAAUACUUGGAGUGGAGGUGGACUUUUAAAGGCGGACUAACAGGUCUUUGAGGGUCAGAAUUCUAGCUGAUAAAACAGGUGUUCAAAUACUUAUUUGCAGCUGUAUCACACAAAUCGUUAAAAAAAUCAAACAUUGUGAUUUCUAGAUUUUCUCUCUCACAGUGGACAAGGACCUACGAUGAAAAUUUCAGGCCCCUCCAUGAUUUCUAAGUGGGAGAACUUGCAAUAUAGCAGGGCGUUCAAAUACUUAUUUUCUUCACUGUAGUUUCUGGUAUGUACUGAAAAACGGUACUGUGCCCAUCUGCAAUUUUUUUUUUUUUUUUUUGGGGGGGGGGGGGUUGUUUUUGUUUCCAGUUCGGUACAAAGACGUUGCGACUCAAAAGACCUUUUUCCAGUCAGAAAGCAUUGUUAUCGAAAGUGUUCAUAAUUGUAGUUGUUUACUACACUGUCAUUUGUUUUGGAUGCCAUAGGCCUUCAUGUGGAAUUCAUGGAGCGCCCUUUCUCGCUGAAGUAGGUGGAAUUGACGCGCGACGACGCACCAUCUUGAAUGAAUGAAUGAAUGAGUGAGUGAGUGAAAGGAAAAGUUUUCAACAAAUGUCAGAAUAAUUUCUGAGGAUGUUGUUCCUUUGCACUGCUGUUGUUGUUUUUUAAAUUAUGUAUAAUGGUACACAACAAGCUAUCUUCCAAAAUAACAAUGUUACCCCCAAUCAUUCCCUUCAGUGAACUUUUGCAAAAACGGGGAGCCAGUCACGCCGUGCGCAUUUGAAGUCUGUGGAUAAUAACACGGAUCAAGGAAUUCAUAUCAAAAAAUGUCUUUUCCCUUGUAGUUCUGUGAAGAUGUUUGACAAGCUGUAAAUGGGGGAAAAACGUCAUCCGAGAGGAUCGCCAAUAUUACGGUCGUUAUUUUUGAAAUGUGAAAAAAAAAAAAAAACAACCAAAGCUCCGUGGCUGUCUCAUCAAAUGGGAGCUGUACAAUAGAGUCGUCGUGUCAAUCAAGUCUUGAAACGUCACUGCUGUUCAUCAUUUUUGCACAUCCGGGAGAAACAAGAAGAGAAAACUUGAGGGAGUUGUCGGCCUUGUUGCCGUCGGGCUUUUACGCUCAUAUUCACUAUUUAAAACUACGAUCACGAUGGGUUACGUCAUUUUUUUGGUAACCAUGAUUUUUUUUUUUUAUACUUAUGCAGUAACUUUUUGUACUGUAUGUCUCUGUAGUUAAAAUGCAUAUUGCACUUUUUAUGUUCAUGUACUGUAUGUGUUAUGAAAAUAAAG